AUGGGCGCGACUCGGCGAAGUCCGGCGCGCCGGGGCGUUGAUGACUCGGACUUCUCGGUCAGUCCCCAACUGCCCAACAGGUGGCGCCGACGCACGGCGUGCUGCGCCUGCCUGCUGCAGUGCUCGUCCGGGCCGGCUGACGCGUUGUGCGUUACCCGCCUUGUAGAUCACCAUGACUCACCCAAGUGUAAGAUCGGUGCAGCCACGACUCGUCAAGUCAGUACAACGCGUCCCGAAACUAUAAUGACUCUCAUGUUCUUCGUGCUGAUCGAAUGGCCUGCGCUUCUACCGCCAACUGGAUCCCGGCUUGGCUUAUCACGUGUGCCCACCCCCACCACCCCGUCGAUCGUUGCCCUUCGCGUCCUACAAAGGGAUCCGACCGCGCUCGAAUUGCUCUCAUCGCAUUGGAAGACGUGGGCACGCUCCGAUUCGAAAUCGUUGCCUGAAACCAGCACCUCAAAGUCUACCGCACAGGGCGGGGCAUCGGCGGCGGAAGCGACGAAGGGCGAGGAAGCCGAGGACGGGGACGGCCGAACCUGUGCAGCUGACGUCGAAGAGGUGUCGUUAAAGGCUGUGCUGCCGAUAGGUGACCGCAUCACCUGGUCAGGAUGGGACGAGAUUGCUUCAGAAACAUCAACGAGGUCAGUUGGAGCUGUCUAUACGCCACGUACGCCACGAGCCUCACCCGUCCUUGUGACUUGGAUCUCUUGCCCCUGCCCCUGCCCCUGCCCGGUGCCACCCCACCUCCCCACCUCGCUCGGGCCCCCCUACCUGGCCCCUGGCUGACGCGAUUUCCGGCCUUGACGUGAUCGCAGACGGCUCCUCAUCAUCGCAUAUGCUUCACUUGGACUUGUCAUAUGGGACUGCUCGGUCCUCGACGCGUGGCAUGAGAUGGCCAAUAUCCGAUCGAUUGUAGACGCCCCCACAAGUGGUGCCGUCCAGGCCGAGGUAGCCGACACCAAGCCCGGCGCAAUCGUCAGCGCAUGCAUCAUCCCUCCCGCAUUCUCACCAGUCUCGAACGAUAGUCCUCUUUUAGCGGUCGUCACCAGAGCCUCUGAUGCCCCGCCAGGAUCGUCAGCGCGGUUUGGACUCGCACCAAACGCGUUCGUUUUCAUCUACUCUCUGGCUUCGGGUACGGUUGUACAUUCUUGGUCACUUCCCGGGACUCCACAUCGUGUCUCGGCAAAUCAUCGACAGGUCGUCGUGUCGACGUCAUCACCUCUUGCCUUGCACGUUCAUUCCUCCUCCGAUUUCAAGGCCUUGACAUUUUCGCCCAUCCGCGAGCUCGCCCCGAGUCCAGUUGACGGCUCACCCGUAUUUGACCUCGGCCGAGGCGGACGGGCACUCGCCUACGCGACCGAUCGUAAGGUUAUUUCCGGUUCAUCCUCUGCGGCUCGAUUCGACGAACGCAGCGUCGCUCGGCCCGGAGCUGGGAUCCUCGCUCAGCGUGGCUUCUUUGACACCGACGAAGCAAGUUCUACUCGGCGAUCAAGUGCCUCGACAUCCUAUGACCGUGCCGCGUUUUUUGAAGAUGCGAGAGUAGCUGGAGCCGUCGGUGGUGAAGUUGCCAAGCGAGUAGGAGGCGGUAUGCUCAACGGGGCGAAGGCGAUCGGCCAUUUCGGCUACAACUACUGGACAAGCUCGACGGGAUCCUCCGCCGACCUCGGGGCCAAUACCGCGGGAUUUGGAGAAGGCGAUUCUUCGGCCAAAGCUCUAUCCAGAUCCUCCCCAUUGCCUUCUCUAUUGCGCCCUGGGAAUCGGUCACCAGUUGCUCCCACCUCCAAUGCGACCUUCGCAACCGCUCGACAGUCGAACGACGCGCAAUCGUCAUCGACUUCUGGCGCCGUGCUCAUCAUCGACCUAAGGGCCCUUUCGAAGACAAAAGCCAGUCAUCGCACCCCUGAUGGUCGUACGCAGUCUCCCCCCGUCUUGGCUCAUUUCCGAGCGCACCAAUCUCCAAUCGCUGCGCUGUCGCUGACACCUUCGAGCGGCUCGAUCCUGGUCGCACCUUCGAAUGGCCACUACUUUGACGUGUUUGAGCUCAAACCCAACAGACGGACUGGGGGAUCAUCUAAUGACGGAGACCGCGCUGACAAAGUGUGGCACCGAUACCGACUCAAUCGUGGACUGACGGCAGCUCGAACGACGACUGUGUUCUGGUCCGAGGAUGCGAGACUGGUCGCGAUUGGAACGGGCAAAGGGACGACCCACGUGUAUGCCCUCAACCCGACAGGGGGUAGACCGGAUCUUUCGAGUCACUUGCAGCCACGAGUCGUCAAUGAGCAGGAUUUGGCCCCGUUGUCGACUUCCCUUUCUACGAUCGCCAGGAUCAGAAGAGGGCUGACUCCCGAACAAAUCAAGGAGGAAUCGAGCGUCGAUGCGUUGCUGGCACUCGCUCCGCGGAGCGUGUUCGUGCCCAAGGCGACCUCGGCAGCGAGUAGUCUUAGGCCGGAGCCACUUUCGCCGAAGACAGCAUCGUCGACAAGUUCGCUCACUCAGGAUCUCCUACUAUUCUGUCCUGCUUCUGCAACCUGUGUGCUCGAACGCUUGCAAGCCUCUCCCGCCCCAGCGACCACGACCGAGGCAGCUUCACGGGGUGACGUUGGCCGACUAGCCUCCACCGCAGUGUCGGGUCUGACGCAACUCAUGAAGUCUCGUGGAGGUGCUACUUCGAUUGCUACAUCGUCGACUAUAUCGGUGCGUUCGGACAAGAAGGACUGGCAGAUUCGUUCUUCGGCCAAGGCCGAGUGGUCCCUCGCCAGGGAUGCGCAGCAGCUGGUAGGCGAAGGAGACCCACUCGAGGUGAACGCUCUUGCAAGUGGCCAAACAAAGAAGCACUAUACUCGGUCAGAUUAUUUCACCUCCAGCCCGUGCAUUUUGCGCUUUUUUACUGACUCUGACCCCUUGGCGCCAUUCCCCAGCUGUUCGGCCCAAGCCGAAAUCGAAACUUUCUCCCGGUCUCCAAGGGUCCUACCUCGGUCGCUGUACGCGUCCCAGCAGUUCAACUUCUUCGCCCUUCCUCGCGAUUAUGCGACACAAGAGGCUUCUGGUAUGGUCCCUCGGCCGCUCAAACGACUCGAGAUGCGCUCCGAGGUCGAGGUCAGGGAAGGUCGAUCGCCACUCAGCGUCGACCGUGACGAGGGGUCUUCCUCUUCGCCCGAACGAGCGGCUGCAGCGACUGCAGCGACAUUCGACCAGCCGAUCAAAUCGGCGAUGCAAACGAUACUCGAUGAUCCGAUGGUUGCUCUGCCUUCGUCGUCACCCUCUGGAGUUGUCGAUGCGUUCGCACACCAUCCCGGGUUCCCGAACGGCGUUGCGGGGAAGCAAGGUCGGCACGCGCACAGCGGCCUGGCGAUCCCGAUCCGAGUCGGCGCGACCGUUCGUCAAGGCCUCGUCAGUACCGUCCGGGGUGUCGUCGCCAUGUCGGUUCCUGCAGGUCAACACCUGAGACGACGCACGAGUGGUUCGACGAGCGCGACGAGCGGCGAGUAUUGUUCGUCGAGCGUCUCGUUCGAAGACGACGCGGUCUUUGCCACGAGGGACGAUGAGAGCGCCUCUACGACGUGCACGAGCGAGGUGGACGAGGAGGAUGACGACCGCAAGCUUGAUCGAGAGGAGGAAGACGGCGGGGAUGAGGAGGGGGACGAGCUCGAUGAAGCGGCAUGGGGCUGGGGCGAUGAUGAUAUUCGUUUCGAUUCAUCGACAACGACAACCACGCCCAAAGACUCUUCACGGACGAGGCGCAGAUCGGACUCGAUUGCUGAAGUACCGUUCGAAGAGGAUUUUGACGACUUUGUACCACAAGUUCAACUCGUCGUUCCUACCGCCAAAGCCAAAGGUCGAGGUCGCCAGUCUGCAGCGAAGGCCAAGGCGGCGGGGCCGGUGACAACGUUGUCGACAACGACGACGGUCGCGAGUGGAGAUGAUACGCAGUAG